UAAAAGAUUUAUAAAUUAAUUUAUUUUAUAAUAAAAUUAAAAUUUAAUAUAUUAUUAUUAACUGUACAUAAACAUAACAUUGUUAAAAUAAGAGAACAUAUUACGUGAUAAAUUGGGUCACCCACUCAACUCAUUUCAUUCUUCAAAUCCUCUUAAUUUCUCACUAGCUGGGCUUUAUUUUCUUAACUUAAAUAAGUAUCAACGCAUUAAAGAGUGGACCCACCAUUUUUGCUGUCCCAUCUUUGAAUCCCUCACAAUCACAGCCACACUGGCCAAUUGCCCAACAAAAUCAUAAUUGAACCAUAUUAUGAAACCAACAGGGCCCAUUGGGAACGCCGCUUAUAUAUCUCCACUCUUCCAUCCCUAUCUCGACUCCUGCUCCCUGGAAGACAUGGAUUUGAUGAAUGAAACCCUAAAAGAGUUGAAGAAGAUGGGGCUGGUUCCAGCUGCAUGGCUUGUUGCGGCUUUAGUGGCUGCAGUUUUAGGGUACUUCUAUGCACCCUACUGGAGGGUUAGAGGGCUGCCUGGCCCUUUGGCCCUGCCCUUGGUAGGGAACCUGCCCUUGCUUGCUAAGCAUGGUCCUGGCUUGUUCUCAGUCCUUGCCAAACAAUAUGGUCCUAUUUUCAGAUUUCAUAUGGGUAGGCAACCACUGGUAAUUGUGGCAGAUCCAGAGCUUUGCAGGGAAGUUGGGAUCAAGAAAUUCAAAGAUAUUCCCAACAGAAGUAUUCCCUCUCCCAUCUCAGCCUCCCCUCUUCAUCAAAAGGGCCUCUUCUUCACCAGGGAUUCGAGAUGGUCUACCAUGAGAAACACAAUAUUAUCAGUCUACCAGCCAUCGCACCUGGCCAAGCUGAUACCAACGAUGCAAUCCUACAUUACAUCUGCAACUCAAGAUCUGCCUUCUAACAAAGAAGACGACAUUGUUUUCUCCGAUCUCUCCCUCAAAUUAGCCACUGAUGUGAUCGGGCAGGCCGCCUUCGGCGUCGACUUUGGCCUCUCGAAGUCAAAAUCAUCAAUAACCGACUCUCUGAACAAUUCAAGUCAUCGAGGUGAUAGCAAUGAGGAAGAGCAGGAUUUCAUCAACCAACACAUUUACUCCACAACAAAUCUUAAGAUGGACCUUUCGGGCUCAUUUUCGAUCAUAUUGGGCCUGCUUGUCCCGAUCCUUCAAGAACCAUUCAGGCAGAUACUCAAAAGAAUCCCGGGCACGAUGGACUGGAAGGUUGACAGAACUAACCGGAAUUUGAGCAGCCGGCUGGAAGACAUAGUUGCGAAGAGAAUGAACGACAAGGAUCUCGGCUCAAAGGACUUCUUGUCACUUAUACUGAGAGCAAGAGAGACAGAAGCAGCCUCAAGAAACGUUUUCACCCCAGACUACAUCAGUGCCGUUACUUACGAGCAUCUGCUUGCUGGAUCGGCUACAACUUCCUUCACUCUGUCCUCGAUUGUUUACCUAGUUUCAGGGCAUCCAGAAGUCGAGAAGAAGCUGCUCGAAGAGAUUGAUGGGUUCGGUCCACACGAUCAGCAGCCGACUGCCACUGAUCUCCAGCUAAAAUUUCCCUAUCUAGACCAGGUGGUGAAGGAGGCGAUGAGGUUUUACACGGUUUCCCCAUUAGUAGCAAGAGAGACAUCAAAGGAAGUAGAGAUAGGAGGCUACCAUUUGCCAAAGGGCACCUGGGUUUGGUUGGCGCUUGGAGUUCUAGCAAAAGAUCCCAAGAAUUUCCCAGAACCAGACAAGUUCAAGCCAGAGAGAUUUGAUCCAAAUUGUGAAGAAGAAAAACAGAGACACCCCUACGCAAAUAUACCCUUUGGAAUUGGGCCUCGAGCCUGCAUUGGCCAGAAGUUCUCCCUGCAAGAGCUAAAGCUCUCGCUGAUUCACCUGUAUCGUAAGUAUGUUUUCCGGCAUUCCCCCAACAUGGAAAAGCCAUUGAAACUCGACUACGGCAUAGUUCUUAACUUCAAGCAUGGCGUCAAGCUUAGAGCCAUCAAAAGAGCGUAAAAAUCGCUCAGUCUGGCUGAAUAUCUCUGUUACGUAUGUUAAUCCUUUCUAGAUAAUGAAGUUCGAAAGUUUUUAUAGUUC